GCGACAUUUCAUAUCAACACGUUUAAUUGUGGUGACGUAUCCUGUACAGCUGGCAGGCAGAAACAGCGUACUGUAUCUACCUAGCUAAAACCAACAAAAAUGACUAGGGGAAAUCAGCGCGAACUUGCACGUGCUAAAAAUGCCAAAAAGCAAGGAAAUGACAAGGGAAAGAAGGCUGACGAUGGCAUGUCUGCAGCUGCGAGGAAACUAAGGGAUGCAGAGAUAAUGCAACAGAAGCAGAAAAAAGCCAGUGACCCUAAGCAGGCUGAUGAGAAGGCCAAAUAGCAGCAGGAUCCAGAAGCCAAUCACAACUAUUCAAUUACCAAGAUGUUACCUAUUAUUAAAGGAUUGACCAGUUCUUUUGUCCCAUGCUCUGGGUACACAACCAGUUUGUAAUCUUUAGUGGUGGAGGUUGUACUGUACUGUUUGGGAAUUGUUUUUGAACAGGGACUAAUGCUUAAGCCAAUUUGUAAUGUUAAACAGUAUUUACAAUGUAUAAAAAAGCAGGAAUUUCAAACUCCACUACUUAGAAUUACUAAACAGUCUUGUAUUUUUGUAUUACCUCAUCUAGAUUUUCAAUAUCUCAACUAGAGCUUUUGUUUAUGGUUGCCUACACCAUGUUUAUUCUUUUAUAUUGAGGAUGGGCAUGUACAGUUGUAUUAUGAUAAUCAAUAAAUGAAAGGAAUCAAUCUGGGGUAUUUAUCAGACAAUAAUUCAGAUGCCUGUACAGAGUUUAAUGAAUUAAAAUCACAAUGAGCUGACAAAUAGUAAAA